UUCCAUAAUAACGCCCCAAUCAGAUGUUUAUGUUUUAUCGCUUCCGCCUUCAGUGUUCUCGCCGUGUCAUGUGGAUGUCAAAAACUCAAAGUUACUGACAGGCUUUGGGGUUGAACUCUCUAGUACCGGGGGGGUCUCAGGAGUUUCCCCGCCGCGGCACACACGCUCUUCUCGAGGGUGUUUCCGAAAAGGAUCCGUUGGGAGCGAUGGCGGACGGGGAACGGUCGCCGCUGCUGUCCGAGCAGUACGACGGGACCAACGGCAGCUUACAUGGAUAUCUGUCAAAACCACAGAGUUUUGCGCCGUUCCCCAGCUCGGUGGCAACGGCUGAGCCUCCGCCCCCCUACUCGCCGCAGGGCAGCCCGGACAGCAGCAGCGUUCCGGUCAUCAGCUGCCGCGUCUGUCAGAGCGCCAUAUCUGUGGAGGGCAAGGCGCACCAGCACGUGGUGAAGUGCAGCAUCUGCAACGAAGCUACGCCGAUAAAGAACGCUCCUGUUGGAAAGAAGUACGUCCGCUGUCCAUGUAACUGUCUCCUGAUCUGCAAAGUCACGUCGCAGAGGAUCGCCUGUCCAAGACCAUACUGUAAACGCGUCAUCAACCUUGGACCAGUUCACAUCGGCAGGGAGAGUCCUGAACCGCAGCGUCAGCCCGUUGGCAUCCGGAUCAUCUGUGGACACUGCUCGAAUACAUUCCUGUGGACAGAGUUUUCAGACCGGACCUUGGCGCGAUGUCCGCACUGCCGAAAAGUCUCUUCAAUUGGUCGGCGCUACCCAAGGAGGAGGAGCCUACUGUGCUUCCUGCUGUUUGUCAUCCUCGUUGCCUCCACUGCAGGACUCGUGGUCGGUACAUGGAAGCGCGCCCAGGACUCUAAAGGGAUCUACGUUUCGUGGGUGCUGCUGAUCCUGCUCGCUCUCUUCACAAUGGCAAGAACCGUCUACUGGAGGUGUCUGAAAAUCAGCGACCCCAUAUCCAAUCUCGCGUAGAGAGAGGGAGAGGGAGAGAAGGGGGGGAGAACAGAAAAAAGGAAGGUGAGAGGGCAAGUGGAUAAAGGGAAGAGUGGAAAGAGUAGAGCAGGGGAGUCUCAUUUCUCAAAUCAGGUUAAAAGAGAGGAAGGAUCGAAAGAUAAGAGACAACAAGAGAAGAAGAAAAAAAAGUGAAAAAAUGCAUUCAAGAGUACAAAACAAAUCUCACUCAUUCAUGCCAGAUUGGAUUUACCCCAAAGAUGAGCUGUCAAUAAUCUAAAAAAAUGUCAGUAUGGGAUGAGGAUGUAAUUUUUUCUAUUCUGGGAUGGUGGGAGACUGAAAGAGGGAAGAUCCAGAUAAAGAUGACAUGACAGAAAUGGGUUUAAACAUUAGAAACAUUAGAUUCAGCUAAAUCAAAUAAUCAGUGGAACUGGGGUUCAGAUGGACAGAUUGAAGGAGGACGACAGUGAGGAGGGUGUUUUAGUUAAAUUAUAUAACCAUAUCAAUCAAUAAUUAAUCCUAAUCUAACAGCACAUCGGAGAGAGGGAUUAAGAGGUGUGUAUUUUUGUCAUCUUUUUGCUAUUCUCUCAACUAGAAAAGAACCUGAAAAGUAAAUAAAGGACGCUCCCCUUUUUACUGGAAUAUUUUGAAAUUUUGGGGACACAUAUUUUUCUUUCUUGACAACCGUUAGAUUAAGAAAGUUCAGAGAAGGUAGAUGGCACGCUCACAUCUGUACGGUUAGUUUAGCAUAAAAUCUGGAGACGGCAAACUAAUUAAAAGACAAUUUCUCAUUUGUUUGACACUGAAGAAUGAGAAGACUUUUGGGUGGGAUUAUUUCUUGCCCAAGAUUUUUUUUUCAUAAACCUUUGUUAUAAAGAGUUAUGCUAGCAGUUUCCAGUCUUUAUGCUAAGCUACGCCGACCACCUUCUGGCUGUCGCUUCAUAUUCAACACACAGACAUGAGACAUAUCGUUGUUCCCAUCUUACUCUCGGCAAAAGAGAGCAAAUUAAUGUGUUUUACAAAACGUUGAAAUAGUCUUUUCAACUAAAGUCACAGUGCACAUAUCAUUUAACUACAAUUUAUUUGAGGAAGCAUGUUUGCAUUUUGUUUUGGUGCAUUGAUAACAACAAGAUAACAUGCAUAACACCAUGAGGGAGAUGUAAUUAAUAUAAUAUAGGAUGUAUAUGUGGAAAUGUAUAAAUCAAUAAGCAGGCGUUAAAUCAGAACAAGUGGCAUUCAUUUUCUUUUAAGUUCUAGCAAGCAUGUCAGCAUUAAGAUCAUCCCACACAGGGAUUUUUGGGCAUUUAGUUAAAGGUGUUGUUUUAAAAAUGAAUCAUGUCAAAGAGACGUACACAACGACAACGUGUCCUGAGCAGAUUCUCUAACUGGACUGGUAAUGGGUGAAAAUAUUAUAUAACAUGUAAGAUUGAGAAGUAAAGUUGUCAUAUUCUGCUGAAAAGCUUCUUUUUCUCCAACUAAAUCUACCAAAGUUUAGUUUUAACCUGGUUGAGUCACUGUUAGAAAUCCCUUGAAGCUCACUCAGGGAAUGAUUUAUUUAUUUAUCUUUUCUCAUUCAUUCCCAUCUGUGUGGAAGCCCUGAGAGGAAAGUGAGAAAACAAAUUGUGCUGCUCUAUUUUCUAAGUCUUGAGUGUAAAUUGUUGUCUCUCCUGUGUUUAUGACUCACUACCCCAAAAAAUAUUUUUUUCCCAUUCCCAUUUUUCCUUAAAAGAUUUUAAACUUAAUAAACAUUUUUUCCAAGUAUUACCGUGUUCUUAAUAGGACUAAAAACCUUUUAAUACAUUUUUCUCCAAGCACUCUAAAUGCAAGGUACAUUUAUUGUGUGUUAUCAGGUUAUGUAACAUUAAAAACAUGUCUUUCA